AUGGAGUCUAAGGGGCUAGCUCCUGUUAGUGGGGCUAUUGUUCUUGAUGCGUUUCAUGAAUACAUAUGUUGGGGAGAUAUUAAUGUGUACAAAGAGACCAUUAAGCAUGAUAAGUUGUCAUUUUCUGUUGUUAAGGGUAUUGCAAAAAGUUAUGGGUACAAAUCAGGGGACUUAAUUUACUACUUACUGCCAGGUAGUACUCUUCGAAAUGGCUUGAAAUUAAUUACAUCGAACUUUGAUGUACAUGAAAUGGUUCAAGCCCACUCAGGUCUACCAAUUGUUGAGUUGUACAUCAAUUCAUUUAGUGAGUCCAUACCUGACAUCGGUGAGGAGAACAAUGAUGAUGAUAAUGGUGAUGAUGAGGGGGGGUAUUCUAGGAUUGAGCGAGAUGAUCCAUAUUGGGAUGAGGUAGAUGAACCAGAUCUGUUCGUUGAGAAUAAUGAUGUUCCUAGGUCAUCUAUGGGGGGGGGGGGGGGGGGGGAGGGGAGGGAAAAUAGUGGGGAAGAUAGUGAUGGUGGUGAGGGUGAAGAGAGUGGUGAGGAUGGAGAGUGUGAAGAGGGUGGUGAAGACGAUGGUAGGUCAACAGUCGACCGUUCCAACAUUAGAUCUAAUGAUGAUGAUGAUGAUGCCAACUCAGACAUGGCACGUAGUGACAUUCUUACAUCUCCUCCCAAAAGUGAUGAGGAGUACGAGGUAGCCUCCCAGAGUCGGAUGAAACAUGUCACAAAGCGGUCUGAGUUUCAUACGACUGAUAUGGGUAAUAAUGAUUUUGUGAUUGGUCAGAAAUUCUCAUCGAUCCAGGUGUUUAGAGAUGCAGUUAGGGAGUCUAAUGUAAAUAUGGGGAAGGAUGUAAAGUUUAAGAGAAAUUACCUUGCUAAGUGUAUAGUAGUAUGCAGGGAUACAAGCUGUAAAUAUAGGAUUUAUGGGCGCCAGUGCAAGGAUGAGGAAUCCUUCGAAGUUAGAUCAUUUCAGCCCAUAUACAGCUGCAGGAGGAAACAUAAAAAUUCGAUUUUGAAAUCAAAGUGGAUUGCGGACAAGUUAAUUGACAAGUUCAGGGCACAACCCAACAUGCAUGUAAAAGCAAUUGUAGAUGAGGUGAAAGAUAGGUGGGGUGUUGAUGUGAAAGAGCAUAGAUUGUAUCGGGCUAGAAGACUAGCAAAAGAUAAGAUCUGUGACAAAAUGAACGAACAGUACAACAAACUAUGGGACUAUAUAGAGACAAUUAGAAGAACGAAUGUUGGCAGUUGUGUAAUGAUGAAGGUAGAUAGGCCUUUACCUUACAUCCCAGCAAAAUUUCAGCGGCUGUACUUGUCCUUAGCGGCCAUGAAGAGAGGCUUUCUUGUUGGUUGCCGUCCAAUCAUUGGCUUGGGCGGAUGCUUCUUAAAAGGCCCGCAUAAGGGCCAACUAUUGGCUGCAAUUUCGAGGGAUGCAAACAACCAGAUGUACCCAUUGGCAUUUGCGGUUGUGGAAGUUGAAAUCAAAGAGAGCUGGACAUGGUUUUUAGAAGCUUUGCUUUCGGACCUUGGCACUCCUUCCACAAAGGCAUGGACAUUCAUUUCUGAUCGUCAGAAGGGUUUGGUCCCGAGUUUGGAAGUUGUAGCUCCUGGUGCUGAGCACCGGAUUUGCUGUAUACAUUUGUACCCAAAUUACACAGAUGUAGGUCACAAAGGUUUGGCGUUGAAGGAUAAGCUAUGGACCGUAGCUGCAGGCUACAUAGAGGCUGAAUGGACUAGAGAAAUGGAGGAGUUAAAGAGUAUAAGCCUGGACGCGUACGAGUGCUUGUCCAAGAUUGACCCAAGUACGUGGUCGAGGGCUUGGUUCAGUACCUUCUCCAAGUGCGAUUUAAUUGUGAACAACCUCUCAGAGUGUUUCAAUUCGUGGAUUUUGAAACAACGUGACUUGCCAAUAAUAUUGCUACUGGAAAUGUUAAGGAAAAAAAUUGCUGAAGAGAUACCAAAAGAAGUGGGAAGCCAUCAUGAACAUGGAUGGUAG